GGUUACGAUUACCGACAUGUGGCUGUGUAUUAAAUUGGACAUGAAGAGACCACCAGCUGAAAAGACGCUGUCAUACUUAGAACAUUGCACAGUCAGUUGGUAAGGGACAUCUCUGACUCUGACCACUUCCGUAGUAUAUGCGAGCCCCUGUCUGUUUGAUGACAUCAUUCUCGGAAACUGAGCACUCUUCUUGGAAAAGAAUUCAAUAGACCUAGUGUACACACCAGAGGAUAUGCCACAGCCGCCGCCUUCCCAUCCUUACUAAUCUAAUAUCCUCAAAUUUAUCUAAUGGCUUCACGAAAAUCUAUUGCCCGGUCACAGUUACCCGUCCGAGUUAAAGGAGAUGCAAAAUGUAAAGAUCACAAAAACAAUGACGUUGUUGUUCUGUGCCAGGAUUGCAACGCUCUCAUUUGUGUAACAUGCUCAAUAACAGCUCAUAAGUCACAUAUAGACAGUUUUAUUGAAAUGUCUAAAAUCAAACCACGAAACCAAAAUAUUAUUAGGAACUUUAUCAAUGAGACAGACAACGUAAAAAUUCCGAAACUGAACCAGGAAAUUGUAUCAUCUCGAACAAAAUUAUCUUCAUGUAAACCUCUAUACCAAACACUUCGCGAAAACAUCAUCGAUAAUAAUAAGGAAUGCAAGUUACUCUCAGAUAAAAUUACAAAGGAUUAUUUAUCUCUUUGUGACGAAAUUGAGGUCACGGACACCGACUUAAUUCAGACACACAUCACAAACCUUGAGGAGAGGCUGGAUACUUUGAGGGAACUCUCAUUAGAGUACAAACCGACUCUCCAGACAGGAAGUGCUGUACUCGUGUACGACUCGGUAUCAGAAAUCCGAGAAAUGGAUUCAGACAUCCCACCGACACCUAACAUAGACAUCACAGCGUUUGCUCCGGGUCAAGAACGAUACAGUCACUUGAAACAAGCCAUGGGAAAUAUGAACAUUCCAAUUAGCCAUCUCCAGGAAAGAUCAGCAAACAUCGGUCACUCUGACCAAAGUCCAGCUGAAACGGAUUCCGACAUCGCACCAACAUCUAACAUAGACCUGACAGCGAUUGUUCCCGGUAAGGACAGACAAAGUCUCCUGAGGCAUGCCGUGGCGAACAUGAACAUUCCUCCUUGCCACCCCAGGGCAGAAUCAGUAACUUGUCACUCCGAAAAAAGUCCAAUUAUCCGACCAAAACAGUCAAAAGGGAAUGGUCAAGCGUCUACUGGAGCAGACCAGUACAAAUUUCGUGACCGUCCAACCGUCAUGUCCCUGUUCUCAUACCCGGAUAGCAUCACAGCGAUGUGUCCUACAUAUGAUGGACGUGCAUGGCUGUGUGACUUCAACACCAACACGGUUAUGCUCAUCAACAACAAAGGUCAGGUCAUACAAACAAUACAACACAACAGUAACAUCGAUAACAUCGGUCUGGACCCCACCACAGGUCGUCUGUGGUUCUGUUGUAGGGAUAAGAGGAGUAUUUGUGAUGUACCUACAUCUUCUACCCCCCGUCACAAGGUUCAUUACAAAGGAUUACCCAGUCAGUCUGUGUUUGACAACGGGGGGUCGGUUUACUCGGGUAGUGGUUGGUACAGGGGGUACACAGGGGUACAAGGUAGUGAUGUACACAGAAGACGGCCAGGUGUUACAUACAGCCAUUGUGGAGGGGUCAGUACAGUCCAUUACACAAUGUGGUGUUACAGGUAACAUAGCCGUAGUGAGUGGUAAACAUAUAAUUGUGUACAACGCAACUCUUCAGCCCCUGAUCCACUACCGGGGG